AUGGCUGACUUCACUAGAUAUGGUACGCCCAGCGCCGAAUGGGUCGCCCUUGAGGCAACGCUGCCUGAGCCCCCCAAGGACCUCUCGGUGGGACAGUUGAAGGCAUUGAUAAACAAGGGCCGCGAGGCAUCUGCCGCACAAGAUAUGAUUGACGGCCUCAACGCCGCAGUUCAGCUGCACGACCACACAAUCCCCGCCCGUGAUGGCACACCCCUCGAAGCACGCACCUACCGCCCCGCCGGCAUCCCAAUCUCCGAGCGCCUACCUGUUUAUAUCCAUCUUCAUGGCGGAGGUUUCCUUUUCGGAACACUUUCUUCUGAAGACGCCAUUUGCUCGCGGAUUGUCACCUCGCGUGUCCAGAAGGGUACCCCAGUCGUAGUCUUGAAUAUCAACUACCGACACACCCCCGAAUAUCCCUAUCCCACUGCCUGGAACGAUGUUGAAGAUGCAUUCGUCUGGCUACAUGAGAACAUUGCCGAGAUUGGCAGGCUCAGCGAGCAGGUUGUUGUGGGUGGUAUUUCAGCUGGUGCAUGGUUGACUGCGUCGUUGGCGCUGGCCCAGCUGCGCGGUGAAGAUAAGCGCUUAGCGGCCUGCCCAAAAAUUACAGGACAGGUCCUCAUGAUACCUUGUGUUGUGCAAUGGGACCACUAUGCGCCGAGACUGGAGAUGCUCAAGAGUCCUGAUGUGUCGAGCUAUGUACAAUGUGCCAACGCGCCUGUCUUGCCGGUGACUCGAAUGAAAUUGUUCACCGAGCUCCUUGGGCUUGCCGAUACCAAAGAUUCUGCUGAAGAUCGACGGAUGAGCCCUGGAAAUGCCACCGCAGAAGAGGUCAAGGACUUGCCUCCUACUACAUUUGGAAUCGCGGGGAAUGACCCAUUGCGAGAUGAGGGUCUGUUCUACGGACAGCAUCUUGCUGAAAAUGGCAUUCCCACCAAUGUUCAUGUCUUCCCCGGGGUACCUCAUGGAUUCAGGAGGUACAAGGAUUUGUCCGAUAGCAAGAGGUGGGAUGAGGUGAUGAGCGACGGCAUUGCCUGGGCACUGACAAGUCCUGCGCCUGGCCAAUUUGAGAUCAAAUCCAAAUAG